AGAAAAUGGAAGAGCAACAAAGAGAAUUGAAAAGAACAGGGGGACCUUGGAUUUCAUUUCACAAGUCUCUCCAAACGUUAUUUUCAAUUAAACAUUUUGAACGCCCUGUUUUAAUGUACGUCCACCAGCUUUACAAGGAAUGGAUCAGAUGGAUUGUAAACCUUAUCAACCACUGUCAAAAGUUAGGUGUGAGAUGGAAUUGGCAUAUACUAGUUCUUCAGAUGAAAGUGAAGAUGGCAGAAGCCCCCACAAGUCCUAUAAUUCUAGAGAAACACUUCAUGAAUUCAACAAGGAGUUAAGGAUGAAUUACAACAGUCAUAAGAAAGAUACCAUGCAAACGGUUGAAGAAUCCAGACAAGCCUUGGAAUUCUGUGAGGCUCCACCAGUGCUAUGUGGUGGAUAUCAGACAGACAUGUGUGAUCCUUCCCAGCAUGGAUACCCAAUGAUAAUAGGUUCUGAUGUUGACACUGAGACAGAAGGAGCUGCAUCUCCAGAUCAAGCUUUAAGAUUGUGGAUGAGAGAAAUCAAAUCUGAACAUAGCUCCUGUCUGUCAAGUCGUGCAAAUUCAAUGCUUUCUCUCACUGACACGGAACAAGAAAGAAAGUCUGAUGCAGAAAAUGGUAAGGAAUAAAACUAAGCAGUUCUGUAAGAUGCUGUUUUGCAAUGACAUGUAUUCAAUUGACAUUAAAUCAAUUGUAUAUGCACGUUAAGAGUGGAGCUUUAUUCAGUGGUAUUGAAAGGCAUGGAUUAGUUUAACCUUGCAGAGUAGAUCAUUGCAUGAAUAUUAUGACAAUAGGAUUCAUGCCCUGAUGCAACUGCUGUGAGCUGACUCAGUUAGGACAGUGUGUUAAUUCUGCUGAUAUAUGUUAUUUUCACAAAUAUUUUGUACAUCCAAAGUUUGCGGUCCAUUGAAGGUCUCUAUGUUCUUGUUCUGUUUUAUUUUCUCAUCAGUUAUAGAAAUUCAUGCACAACAGACCAAGU